UUUCUGGAAGAUCCAGAAGUUCUUAAUCUCUUUUUGUAUCAUGAACCUCUUUGCCCCUCCGGAGAAGUCCCUGGACCCCUCCUCAUACUAGUAUUUUUAAGAACAUGAAGGAUUACAAAAGAACUCAAUUAUAUUGAAAUACAGUUAACAGAGCAUGAAACAAAUUAGUGAUAAAAUUAUCUGUAUGUUUUUUACAAUUAAUGCACCAAAUAGUAAGACCUAGGGCCAGGCCCGGUAACUGGCAGAGGUUCAAAGUUGUUACAAGCAUGAAUGACUUUGACAAUGUUUGCCUGGCUGUGAUGUGGUGUGAAAACAUCUGUAAUUUCUAUUGGUGACUAAGUCCUAUGGCUUAUGCCACAUUGGUUUGUUGCUUCCAUUUAUAAUGGAAGGAAAGGCCAAAUUUCUCUUAGAGGCUAGUAAGCAUUAAAAUACUUUUUUCCUGGACCACGUGGGAAGGAGUCCAAGAACCUCGGGCUCAAAAACACGCCUGCGUCUUCCUGCCUCGCCAGUCCUUUAUGAGACUGUGUCCUCUGUGCACCAUCUUGUGACUGUUCCUUCAGAGGACAUGUGGCAGAGCGUUCCAGGCACCGACCGGGAGCCCAGGGCUCUGGACUGGGAUCUGCUGCCCGCCAGCCCUUGAGCAGUGAAGUCGUUUCAAGGCUCUUAGCUUCAGCCUCCUCAUUCUUCACAGAAGUGGUUAAGUCUGAACUGCGUGUGAGAAAGUAACUUGGAAAAUGUAGUUUAAUGUCCCAGGUGGUGACCAGAGGCAGCUACUCUGUUGCAAGAUGGCGGUGUUGACACCAGCUCAGAGGCCAUGGAGUACCCAGUUCCAGCCAAUGAAGGCUCUGCUCAAGCACGAAUCUCUGGGCUCCCAGGCCUCAGCAGACAGGGUUCUCCAGGUUCCUGGGCUUGCCCCGGGAGGGCGCUGCAGAGGAGACGCAGUGGUGGCUGCCAGGCUGCCCUCAGAGCCCCAGGGCUUGCUGAAAACGGAAGACGUGGCCCUGGCUUUCUCCCCUGCAUGGACACAGCUGGAUUCACCUCGGGGGAGCUUCCACAGAGAUGAAAGGCAGGAGAACUGUGGCGGCCUGACCCCCCUGGGUGGUAACAUGCAGGCUGAGAUCACGGACCUGCCCCCAGAUGAGGAACAUCCAGGACAAGAGCCUGGGGAAAUACCGUGCCACUUGAGUGAAGACAUUGCCCAGAUUCCUGCCUGUGUAGAAGCUGGUGAACAGGAGGGCAGGUUACCAAGAAAGCAGAAAAAUGCCACAGGAAGUAGGCGGCACUAUUGUCAUGAAUGUGGAAAGAGUUUUGCUCAGAGUUCGGGCCUGACUAAACACAGGAGAAUCCACACUGGUGAGAAACCCUAUGAAUGUGAAGACUGUGGCAAGACCUUUAUCGGGAGCUCUGCCCUCGUCAUCCAUCAGAGAGUCCACACUGGGGAGAAACCAUAUGAGUGUGAAGAAUGUGGCAAGGUCUUUAGUCACAGCUCAAACCUUAUCAAACACCAGAGAACCCACACUGGGGAGAAGCCCUAUGAGUGUGAGGACUGUGGGAAGACCUUCAGCCAGAGCUGCAGCCUCCUAGAACAUCACAAAAUCCACACGGGGGAGAAGCCGUAUGAGUGCACCCUGUGUGGUAAAGCUUUUAGGCGGAAUUCACACCUCCUGAGACACCAGAGGAUCCAUGGCGAUAGAAACGUGCAGGAUCCUGAACGUGGAGAGACCUGGGAGAGUCAGGGGAGGGUGGAAGGCCAGUGGGAAAAUGUUGAGGCUCCCGUGUCUUAUAAAUGUAACGAGUGUGAGAGAAGUUUCACUCGGAACAGAAGCCUUAUUGAACACCAAAAAAUCCACACUGGUGAGAAACCCUAUCAGUGCGACACAUGUGGAAAAGGCUUCACCCGAACUUCAUACCUUGUUCAACAUCAGAGAAGCCACGUCGGAAAAAAAGUUCUAUCACAGUGACCCACGUCGUACGUGGCAGAGUUGGUGCUCAUUCCUCAUUGAACCGAAGCCACCCGCAGGCCUUCCUGACCACAGAAACUGGGCUGGGCUUUAUUGACCACUUCCCAUCAUCUUGUGUUAGAAGACACAGAGUCUGGCUGAGAUGGAUUCUCUUCUACAUUCUAGAAGGUGGCUGAGGAACAGCUUAUUUGAUGGGAGGCUACAGGAGAGUUGUCUGGAAGGGGUAGGACCUGAAAUGUUUAUUCUCACCUACUAGACUGAAAUGGGCUUCCAGACUGGCUAACCACCUCCAGCCAGCACUUUAUGAUGUCUUGUGGGCAAAAGGCUGUGCCUGUAAAGAAUCCUCCAUCAGCUGGUCUGAUCCGUGACAUCUUACACUCCCCACUGUGCCUUGAACACAGGUGCUGAUAAACAUUCAUUAAAUGUAACCGUGAGAUGACCCUAUAGCUCUGGAUAUGAUAUCAUCUAGACUUCUGAAGAACUUCUCACCAUAGCCUUUUGAGCUUGUGUCUAAUUCUGAGGUUCUAGAUUCUGAGUUAAUCUAGCACAUUUUUUUGCAGAUCACAUAAGAUUGGCGGGUUGAGGGUGAGGUUACUGUGAUAGAAAGAAUCCAAGUUUCUUGACCAGACUAGGCAUUCCAAUGUGAAUACCUUAGGUUCUUCAUCAUGAAAUCACUGUGAAUGUAUGCCAGGCAUGGAAUGCCAUUCUUUAAUAUUGCUACUCUCUGCAGAGAAAAUAUUCCUAUGCAGACAGUGUGAAAAUUAAUCAAAUCAGAAUAAAAUGAUAAGUUCGCUAAUGCUUA